CCCAGAAUGCACUGCUCAAGCGGAACCGCCGGAGACUCCAUGGAAACGACCGACUGGCGUGCUAGCUUGGUGGAAAAGAGGCAUAGCCAGUUAGCUAGCUAGCAUUAAAUCUGCGUCCAGAUAAACUUGGCUAAACACUGAUUACAUUUCAAUUACUGCCGUUUCCUACAACGAUGAGCCGUACACCCGAUGCAAGAGCGAGGGACAACCAGACAAGAAAGAUUCAGGAGAACAUCACCAAUGUGGAGAAACAUUUUGGAGAGAUGUGCCAACUGUUUGCUGCCUAUGUCCGUAAAACAGCCAGGCUACGAGACAAGUCAGAUGUCCUGGUUCGGGAAAUCGGCAUUUAUGCAGACACAGAAACGCCACACCUGAAGAGGGGCAUGAAGCAGUUUGCUGAACACCUGGCCAAGAUUCAAGACUACCGCCAAGCUGAGGUGGACAGACUUGAAGCCAAAGUCAUAGAGCCAUUAAAAAGCUAUGGAGCUGUAGUGAAGCGUAAAAGGGAGGAUCUGAAGACGACUCAGAGUGCCAGAGACAGAGAAGCCAAACAGAUGGCUCAGCUUGAGCGGACCAGGCAGAGAAACCCCUCAGACAGGCAGAUCAUUUCUCAGGCUGAAAGUGAUCUCCAGAGAGCCACUAUGGAUGCCACACGGACGACCAGGCAGCUCGAGGAGACCAUAGACGAGUUUGAGAAGCAGAAGAUCCGUGACAUCAAGAAAAUCUUUGGUGAGUUUGUGACAGUGGAGAUGUCGUUCCAUGCCAAGGCCUUGGAGGUCUACACCUUGGCCUACCAGAGCAUUCAAAGUGUGGAUGAGGAGGAGGACCUGGAGGUGUUCAGGAGUUCGCUGCAUCCCCCUGACUACCAGUCACGCUUAGACAUAGUGCGAGCUAAUUCCAAAACCUCCCUCGAUCACACCGGGUCCUUCCUGAGUACAACAGGGACCUCACAGCAACAAAGAGCUUCCAGUUGGCAGACAAGAAGAGAGGAGGAAGACGACGAAGACGACGAAAAAGAUGAUUCUGAAGUGGAGGAAGACGAGGACGAAGAGGAGGAAACAGAUGAUGAACAUUGAUUUUGUUUGUCUUAUUAUUCUGUGUUUGUCUGUAUGGAACAAUAUGAUAUCAAAAGAUGUAUUGCUGUUUUUUUAAUCUUGUUAAAGAAAAGCUGUGUCAUUGCCAAAGUCACCUCACAAAGUAUUGUAGUGUAAGUGUGUUGUAGUUGUGUCAUGCUUUAUAAGAGAACAUAUGGUCCUUUACUAAUGUUUGUCUUUGAAAUUCAA